GAUUGACAUAUGUCAUAAUUUAAAGGUUGGUGUGUUUACCUUUUCAUUCUAUUUGAAAUCAUUUUAUACUUUUAUACUAAAUUUCAUUUUUUUUUGAAAAUUCAUCAUAGCUCCGACAAGAAAGUUGUAGAAUGUCACAUUUGCAAGGAGGGAAAGUAGAUGUUUCCCUAAUACAAAUUUCUGCCCGAAAUGACUUAAUCAACUUGUUGGAAAAAUGUCCAGGGAAAAAAGCUUUGGUAUGGGAUAACAGUUUAGCUGGUCCUGUAGGCCUAGUAGCUCAGUAUACUAUUCUAAGAGAACAUAUGGUAACCAAAAUGUAUCCCUUACGCCCUGUUCCUCUACCAGAAACUGAAGUUGAUCAUAUUAUUUUCAUUUCCCGUCCAAAAUUACAUCUCAUGGAUUACAUAGCUCAAAAUGUACACUCUGAUAGUAAGACAAAAUCCGGAUUCAAAAAGCAGUUCCAUUUGUUUUUUGUACCAAAAAAAAGUUUACUUUGUAUGGAACGACUUAAGCAUAAAGGAGUAUUUGGCAGUGUUAUGCUGAUAGACGAAUUUAAGUGCCAACUUUUUCCGUUUGAUUCUGAUGUGAUGUCAAUGGAAAUACCUGAAGUAUACAGGGAGUAUACCAUAGAGAAUGAUCCCACUUAUUUAUAUCAAACAGCCCAAGCUAUAAUUUAUCUGCAGAAUUUGUACGGCCCAAUUCCAAAAGUUUGGGGAAAAGGAGCAGCUGCCAAACAAAUUUGGGACCUUGUUGUGAGGUUACAGAGAGAGAAAAGUAGUAAUGACGAUCCAAAAUCAAAUCAACAAUCCAGCAUUGAUCAGUUAGUACUCAUUGAUAGAUCAGUGGACUUACUGACUCCUUUAGCCACACAGCUGACUUAUGAAGGGCUGAUUGAUGAAAUAUUUGGAAUAAAUAACUCCACAGCAAACUUUCCAAUCGAUAAUUUCUUGAGUACUGAAGAAAAAAAUACAGAAUCCCUAUCUGAAGAUAAGAGAAAAAUUAUUCUGAACUCAGCUGAUAAGCUUUAUGCAGAUAUCAGAGACAAAAAUUUCAAUGGUGUUGGUGCCUAUCUUUCCAAACAAGCAAAGGCCAUAAGUGCUCAGCUAGAAAAUACACAAGAAAAAUCAGUUCAAGAAAUGAAGCUCUAUGUACAGAGACUACCACAAAUUUUAGCUAAAAAGAAGCAACUAUCCACUCACACAGCUAUAGCGGAAUGUAUAAAAGAAUUCACUGAUAGCUAUGAGUUUUUAGAUACUCUUCAGACUGAACAAGAAUUUCUGAACUGCAUCGAGGUGGACAAGCCUAGUCCUUAUAUAGAAGAGAUGAUAGCACAAAAACAACCUUUGGUGAAAGUCUUAAGGUUAAUGUGUUUACAGUGUAUCGCUAGUUCGGGUCUCAAACCCAAAAUUCUGGAAGGAUACAAAAGAGAUUUAGUUCAGGUAUACGGUUUAGAAACGCUCUUGGCCAUCACCAAGCUCGAGAAAGUUGGUCUGCUGAAGAUACAGUCCAGUACAAGGCAAUAUACCGUUCUUAGGAAAGCUCUUCGUCUUACUGUAGAGGAUACAUCAGAAGUUAAUCCUACUGAUAUCAGCUACGUUCAUAGUAUCUACGCCCCAUUAAGUAUUAGACUAUGUGAGCAAGUUUCAAAAAAUGGGGGCUUGAAGCAACUUCAGGACGUACUAGGAUUACUGCCAGGGCCCACUUUGGAUGAAUCGCCUUUGGUAAACGCCAAUUCAAUCUCUAACACUUCUGAAUCUCCCACGACUGUUUUGGUAUUUUUUAUUGGAGGGUGUACUUUCGCAGAGAUUUCUGCUCUAAGAUUUUUGUCCCAGCAAGAAGAAUCAACUGUUGAAUUUGUUAUUGCUACAACGAAAUUGAUUAAUGGAAAUACUUUCCUGAAUUCUAUUAUUGAAAACUAAAAUAUUGAAAAAAUUGUAUGUUUUACAAUGUAUUCCAUUUUAUUUUUAGAGCCUUUAUAAUCCAUAUUUAAUUAUUUUGCUGUGAUAUAUGUAUAAGUUUAAACAAAAUAAACUUAUAAAACACCGAAA